GGAGAGCACCCCCGCCGCUCCGCGCUGAGCCUCGGCUGGGCCGGCGCCGGGACAGGGCAGCAGAGCGGCUGCCCCUGCCCUGCCCUGGGAGCAGGUGCAGGAAGGGACCCCGUCUGCCCGUCCCCGCGCAGGGCCGGCAGGAGCAGCCCUGGCGCUCCCCCAGGACAGGAGGGAGCGGGGCUGUCACUUCCGUGAAGUCCGCAGCAGUUCGUUCCCGCACCGCGCCCCUCUGCAUCCACCCCUGCCCGAGGCCUGGGCCCAGCCAGCUUCGGUCGGGAGUGACAGGAAGGUGGUUAAAGACCCGUGUCCCUGGUGCGGAGUUGCGGUCUACGUAACUGUCACUGGGCCCCAGGAAAAGCCUGCGCAGGAUUAACAGGGCAGGACUGAAAUGCCCUGGCAGUGUCCCGUGGUGGUCUGCGAGCUGCACUAGCAAAGGGUGCUCGUACAUGGAGGCACCCUGGCAGAUCUCAGCGGCAGUGAAUGAUCUGGUGGACGUUGAGAUGCAUUUGGCAGAACAGAGUGCAGCCGUGCUUCUGCAGCGUCUGUCUGUGGGGUGCCUGGUCCAAGCAUGCGGUUUGACCUCGGUGGCUGGCGGUGACGAGUCUCCCAGCCACUGCCACGUUUUCAUCCAUUGAUGAACAUCAGCCGCUGGUUGGUAUCAAGGGUGGAAGACUGAAUUAAUCCCAGAUGGGAGAACUAUUUCAGCCAAUUUAAGACUUUCCGGUCAAUUUAAGGCAGCAGAAAGGGCAACAGACUGCAGGAAGAAGCAUUUGAAGUUUUAUUUUUAAACAAGAUGUUGGUUGGAGGACCAGAUAAACUUUUAUGGACCGACGGAGCUGAAAGAAUAACCAUGAGCGACAGCGUACCGGAGGAGAACGUACUGAAAAUCACCAUCACGGAGACCACAGUCAUUGAGUCGGACUUGGGCAUCUGGAAUUCCCAUGCUCUCAUCUACCUCACCUUGUGGUUUUUCUUCAGCUUCUGCACGCUCUUCCUUAACAAGUACAUACUUUCACUGCUGGAGGGAGAGCCCAGCAUGCUAGGUGCUGUUCAAAUGCUCUCAACCACCUUCAUUGGCUGUGUAAAAAUGUUUGUACCGUGCUGUUUGUAUCAGCACAAGACACGUAUCUCUUACCCACCCAAUUUCAUCAUGAUAAUGCUGUUUGUUGGACUGAUGAGGUUUGCAACAGUAGUUUUAGGGCUGGUCAGCCUGAAAAAUGUGGCUGUUUCAUUUGCUGAAACAGUUAAAAGCUCUGCACCUAUUUUUACUGUUAUCAUGUCUCGGAUGAUUUUAGGGGAAUAUACUGGAUUGCUGGUCAAUCUGUCUCUCAUCCCAGUCAUGGGCGGACUAGCUUUAUGUACAGCCACAGAACUCAGCUUCAACAUUCUGGGUUUUUCAGCAGCUUUGUCGACUAACAUCAUGGAUUGUCUGCAAAACGUUUUUUCCAAAAAGCUGCUCAGUGGAGACAAGUACCGCUUUUCAGCCCCAGAGCUUCAGUUCUACACCAGUGCCGCUGCAGUCAUUAUGCUCAUUCCAGCGUGGAUAUUUUUCAUGGAUGUGCCAGUGAUUGGGAAAAGUGGAAGAAGUUUCAGUUAUAACCAGGAUGUCAUUGUACUCCUCCUAAUAGAUGGAGUCUUGUUUCAUCUUCAGAGCGUCACAGCUUAUGCUUUGAUGGGAAAAAUUUCUCCUGUCACUUUCAGUGUUGCUAGUACUGUGAAGCAUGCGUUGUCAAUCUGGCUAAGUAUUAUUGUGUUCAGUAACAAAAUCACAAGUCUCUCAGCCGUUGGAACUGUUCUAGUAACAAUUGGAGUCCUGCUAUAUAACAAGGCAAAGCAGCAUCAGCAAGAAACUAUCCAAAGCCUGGCGGCAGCAACAGCCCCACAAACAACACAAGGGACAGCUGAAGAUACUGAGCCACUAAUUCCCAAGGAGAUAUAGCCAUAUAGUUGAUAUGGCCCUUACUUCUUCCAACCUGGUGUAACUCAAAGGAGCUCCUUCUUAAAUGGCUGCUACUCCAGCACUUGACAGUGGUUGGUUUCUUUUGAGUCUGCAGCAGGUGAAGAGAUGGACUUGAAGCAGAAAAGAAGGGAAAAAGAAGAGAAAAGAAUCCAGGAAGUCCUUUUUUUACUGAGAAACUGACACAAAGAGCAGAAGACCGGAAGUCAUAGUGUGAUAAAUACUGGCUUCAGGCUCUUUUCUUGACUCUGCUAAUAAAACACAAGACUAUCUUGGAGAUAAAACUUCAGUGUUGUAUGGGAAAGUUACUUGUGCCCUGGCCCACCGUGGUAAUGUGAAAACAUGACUCCUCACUGUCUUUUGCUAGCUUGCAGUGGAAUGAAACUGCUGCAGAGCAGAACAUCCCUAUUCACAGCUAUUUUGAGCAUCCUGUGCUGGGUGAAUUGGUAGGCUGUGGUGUGGUGUGGUGCAAAGCUGCAGAAUGACUACACACCCAUGGGUGGAAGUAAAGGAAGUAGUCGCAAAUACAAGAAUAGUGGUGAGGAGCUAGUUCUCUGCAUAAACCAGCAAAGGAAAAUCUGUGGUUUGCUGCUCAAAUUGUAACAAUUGGAGCAUUGCAGCUUUUCUGGUUACUUGUAGCAUUGAUAUAACUUGUGAAACUGAAACCCAGAUAUGCACACACUCCCUUGCUGCAACAUAGGACCUGACACACAUGAGCUGUUACUAUCAGGCAAAAACUACUGGAAACUGCAAUAAUAAAUGAGGCAAUAUCAGCAUUUCCAUUAUAAUGAUAUAAGUUUUCUCUGGAAUAUAAUUAACUAUGAAAAUCCUGAGAUAGGAGAGGGACUAAUGCAUAAAAUUUUCUAGGGGUGAAAUAAAUACAUACUGCCUUUAAGAAACUCAGGGUUAAAGUCAGUCUUUGGCCUGUCGCGUUGUGUGCAAUUAUUUGAGCAUCUCCUGUGAAGAGAGCUGUUUGCUAGAGAGCUGUAUGGAGAUUUUUGAUACAACCAGAGAAGAUGUGUGUUUGGGGGGGGGAGUAGAGGGAGGAGGAAAAGUUUGAAUCCUAAAAUAAAACUGUCCUGGCAUCUGUG